AUGAGCCAUUGCCUCUUCUUGAGUGUGCUUUGUUGGUGUGUCUUGUCAAAGUGGGAGCAAUCCGGCUGUAAGGCGUUGACACUGAACUCCGUCAUCCUCCACCAAAUCUCGGGUGGGGGAGCGGGAGUCUAUCAGAGAAGGAGGAGGAGAAGUUGGGUGUGGAACCAAUUCUUUGUGCUGGAGGAGUACACAGGGGAUGAGCCUCUGUACAUCGGAAAGCUUCACUCUGACAUGGAUAAAGGUGAUGGCAAAGUAAAGUACUUCCUAGCCGGGGAUGGAGCCAUGUCUAUCUUCACCAUCAAUGAGGAAACUGGAGACAUCCACGCCAUUAAGAGGCUGGACAGAGAACAGCAGCCCUAUUACACCCUGAGAGCUCAGGCGCGAGACAAAAUCUCCAACAUGUUGGUGGAGCCAGAGUCCCAGUUCAUCAUCAAAGUCCAGGACAUCAAUGAUAACGCUCCAAGAUUCCUCGAUGGACCAUACAGUGCCCAGGUUGAUGAGAGCUCACCUGUAGGUACGUCAGUGGUGACUGUGGUGGCAACAGAUGCUGAUGAUCCAACCUAUGGAAACUCUGCCAGACUCGUCUACAGCAUCCUGCAGGGUGAGCCAUACUUCUCUGUGGAGCCAAAGACAGGUGUGAUAUUGACAGCUCUGCCAGACCUGGAUCGGGAAGCACGGGACCAGUACCUGCUGGUCAUCCUGGCUAAAGACAUGGUGGGUCAGAUGGGAGGUCUGUCAGGAACCACAUCUGUCACUGUGACACUGACUGACAUCAAUGACAACCCACCUCGCUUCCCUCUCAAGCUAUACCAGUUCACUGUACCGGAGUCGGCUUUGAUCUUAUCUGUGGUUGCUAAGAUCAAAGCCGUGGAUCUCGAUCUGGGUCAGAAUGCUGAAAUGGAUUACAAGAUCCUGGACGGAGAUGAAGUGGGAACUUUUGGCAUCAUCACAGAUCCGGACACACAGGAGGGUCUGAUCAUCUUACACACGCCUCUGGACUUUGAGAGCAGAUCCAGUUUCUCUUUACAUGUAGAAGUCUCCAACCGCAUAGUGGACCCUCGCUUUCUUUUGGUGGGUCCAUUCAGUGACCUGACCACAGUUCAGCUUCAGGUGGAGGACGUGAAUGAGCCCCCGGUGUUCACCCCUCCUGUCAGUUGGAUGAUGGUCUCUGAAGGGGCUCCAGUGGGAACUGUAGUGGGAUCCGUUUCAGCUAGUGAUCCAGAUGACUCCAACAGUCCAGUCAGGUACGCCAUCGACAAAAGCUCCGACCUGGAGCGUCACUUCAGCAUCGACAGCAGCUCAGGUGUCAUCAGGACGAACAAACAUCUGGACAGAGAGAGCAGAGCUCUGCACAACAUUACCAUCACCGCAACUGAGAAACAGGGUCCGUCUCUGGCGGGCUCAGCAGUGGUUCUGAUCUCUGUGACAGACGUUAACGACAAUGCUCCGAGCUUUGCCAGGAAGUACCAAACCUCAGUCUGUGAGAACGCCCUGCCAGGACAGGUUGUUGAGACGCUGAGCGCUGUGGAUCCUGAUGAACCAGAGAGAGGACAUCGCUUCCUGUUUUCCCUGACGGCAGCUAACCACAGUUUCACUUUGACAGACAACCAUGAUAACACAGCCUCUGUCCUGACUCGCCAAACUGGUCUCCUGCGGCGGGAUCAGUCGAUGCACUUCCUGCCGGUGGUGAUCUCAGAUGGCGGCCGCCCGUCGCUGAGCAGCACCAACACCUUGACCAUCACCGUGUGCAGCUGUGACCUCCUUGGAGGGCAGCGGCUGUGCCACUGGGGGGCGCCACACCUCCAAGGCAUCCUGAGUGCUGCCACUGUCCUGACCUGUGUCGUCACACUGCUGGGCGUUGUCAUAGUGACCACAGUCAUCAGAUGCAGGAAGCAGCAAACCCGGAUUUUGGACCACGAGCAGGACAUCCAAGAGAACAUAGUCUACUAUGAUGAUGAAGGUGGCGGAGAGGAGGACACCGAGGCCUUCGACAUGUCUGCACUGAGGCACCUGAACCAAACCAAGCUCACCAGGCUGCCAAACUCCAGGACAGAAAAACACAGGAUGAUCCAGGAGUUCAUCAGGGACCGACUCCAGGUGGCAGACCAAGACCUGACAGCGCCUCCCUUUGACUCCCUGCAGACUUACAACUUUGAAGGUUUGGGGUCAGCAGCCGUGUCACUGAGCUCGUUGAACUCCCAAGACUCAAGAGAAUCCGAGGGGAGCUACUCCUUCCUGAAGGAGUGGGGGCCGAGGUUCAGGAAGCUUGCUGAACUCUACAGUCACCACAAGGGGGGGAGGUGGCUCGAUCUGCAGGAGAGUGAUUUGUGAAGAGUGGCGUAACUUUUCCGGUCCUCAGACCAAUGAAGCAUGUUUGAUGCAUUCUGCCUGAAGUCUUUCCUGACCGAUCUCCUUUGGACUCCUGUUUCAUUUUGUAAUAUUUGGGCACAGCUAAGAAAACCAAUGAGAAGAACAAUGUGCAAGACAUGAACUAACUGCUGAAGCCACGCCCAUCUGAUCUCAUUUCCUGUUAUUUCACAGUAAAAGCUCCCAUUUUUAUUCCCAAACUGCACUGAAGAUGUUCAGACUGUUUGUUCAGACUGUUUACCAAGUUUAUUUUGUCUCUGUUCUGGUUCUGUUUUUUUGGACCUGUGCAUGAAUGGAUUUUUAUGUAUAAUUCAAAGUGUGAUUGAAUCUAUUGUUCAUUUUCUGCCUCGCACGUUCUUUUCCCAAAGAGUUUAUUGAGAUCAAAGUUUAUAAAAGACAAACUACUUCUUAAUACUGAGAGUUUGCUGACUUAAUUUGCACAAAAUCCUAUCUUUUGGUUCCCAGUGAAAACACCUGGGAGUAAUUUUGUGCCACCAGCAAUAUUCUGGUUCUACAAUAUUAGAGCCAGUGUACUCAACGAAGAGUUCUUUAAGAGCAAGUAGGGCCAGUUCAUUUGGAAACCAAACCAGAACAAUCUCUGUAAAAGCUGAGAAGCGUCCCAUCACUACCCCAAAAUGCCAUUGACUAGGGGAACUCAUUCGACGUUUAAGAUAAAAGUGUCUGAAAAGUACCUGACUGUGUGGGAUUGUUUCUUUGUCGCAAAGACAACAUAAACUUUGAGAAAGAUCACUGACACAGUUGAGUAGAGGUCGAUUCAGAACCAUUUUCUAUGGUGAAUUGGAGCAUCUACCCUGUCUACUCUCUGCAGAAGAAUCCCACCUGUAACUCAGAGACAGAUGUCAUUCAGCUAUUGGGAAUCACUGUCAAUUGAUUGUGAACUGAUCUGCAGAUAUACUGACUUUAAACCCAAGAACCUGCAUAGAUCCCUGUAUGGUUUAACCCUCGUGCUCUCUUAUGGGGUCCAGAUGACCCACCCUUACAUUGGUGUGUGAUCCCUCUCCUGACAAAGGUGGACAGGAUUUUAUGUAUGCCACAGACACCAGUGAAGAAUAAAAAUCAUUGGGAAAAAAAAGUCUGUCUUGUGGGGUCCAGAUGACCCCAGUUUUAAUGUAAACAUGCCUAAUUUAGCACAAGGAUUGAGUAUGGUUCACAAUCCAAAACUUUAAGCAAUAGAAUGCAACAAGUUGAACCCCAGGAAGUGAAGAUCCAUGGUUAGGAAUAUAAACUACUCACAAUGACUUAGAGGGAAGAAAACGUUUGGACUGAACCAUCCAACAGGUGGCGGGGUCAGAGCUCACUCCAUACUAGCAUCUCAGAAACAGAGACACAGGUCCUCCAUCCCCUGGCCCCACAUUUUACAGCUUGUUCCUUUCAGACCCUAAAAGGGACAGGCUGCUCAGGAGAUGUAUGAAUGAAUGACAUUCCUUAGGUUCCAUUUAUGCAGUUAGGUAGGUUUAUGGUCAUUCCCCUAAAUUUAGGGUUGGGAUCUUAUCCCUGGGUUAGGGCUACAAUCUGAUAAACAAUUUUAAUCCAAGUGGGAUAUGGAAAGUUUAAGGCAAACUACCCUGAGUUAAGCUUAGGGUUCCACUCAUGCAAGAAUAGGAUGUGGUAGUAGGGAGGUCCCAGAUUAGGGCUAAAACCGUAAAAAUAAAUAAAAAAAUAAAUAACUUAAAAGACUCAGGGUUACUCCUUGACAUUUUGACUAACAGUAACAUCAACCACCUUUUACACAACGUGCUGAGUGAGAAAAGACGACAAGAACAGAUACCUCUAAAGUUUAGAAAUGGGAUGUAAAGAAAUGUCGUUGUUUUUAUGGCCAUCUGAUUGUUAGACACUUCUGAUGUUCCAUACUAUCUUUGUGGGGAAUUUUAUUUUAUUUUAUUUAUUUUUUUGACAUGGUCUGCUGCGUUUCAUUUGAACAAUUUUUUCAACAAAACCUAACGCAUUUGUUGACUAAAAUUCAUUAACUUUUUUGUUGUAGUUG